AUGAGGAGGCCUCUGGAUUGGCUACGCCCCAAGGAGGUGCCCGUAGCUGAGCAGGAAUGUCCCCCAGUGAAGGCUUCCGACAAGGAGGCCAACGUGGCCGGCGGCACCACCAACCCUGCCGGCGAUGCCGAGCAUGAUUCGGACGAGAUCUCGGUGAACGCACAGGCGGGUGUGCGAGAUGUCGAGGCCUUUACCAAGGUCUGGUCCAAGGGGCAUAUCGUCCUCGCCUACGUGACCAUCUGGUGCAUCUACUUCGUCGAUGCCAUGCAGCAGGGCAUGUCGACCUCGCUCACGCCCUACGUGACGAGCGCCUUCCAGGAGCACUCCCUGACCGCCGCCACCUCCAUCUUCUCGAGCCUCAUCGGCGGCCUGUUCAAGCUGCCGCUCGCUAAGAUCCUCGACAUUUGGGGCCGCCCACACGGCUUCAUUUUCAUGAUGAUCUGCCUGACCAUCGGCCUCGCCAUGAUGGCGGGGUGCAACAACGUCGAGACCUACGCUGCUGGCCAGGUGUUCUACUGGGUCGGGUACAACGGCGUCAGCUACUCAAUCUCCAUCUUCAUCGCUGAUACAUCCGCCUUGAAGAAUCGAGCCCUAAUGUUCGCCUUCGUGAACUCGCCCUACAUCAUCACCGUGUGGAUCGGCGGCCCGCUGGCCGACGCCUUCCUGAACGGGCCGGGCUUCCGUUGGGGUUUUGGCGCCUUCGCCAUCAUCACGCCCUUCAUCUGCACGCCCCUGCUGGCCCUGUUCUACGUCAACUACCGCAAGGCCCGCGAGCAAGGCCUCAUCACGGACCGCGAGAGCAACCGCACGUGGCUGCAGUCGAUCAAGUACUACGCCAUCGAGUUCGACGUGAUCGGCCUCCUCCUGAUCACAGCCGGUCUGGCCCUGUUCCUUCUGUCGUUCAACCUGUACGCCAGACAAGCCGAGGGGUGGAAGUCGCCCAUGAUCAUUGCGUUCAUUAUCGUGGGCGGCCUGCUGGUGGUCGCAUUCGUGCUGUUCGAGAAGUACCUCGCGCCCAAGACCUUCAUCCCCUACGAGCUGCUCAUGGACCGCACCGUUCUGGGCGCCUGCGUGCUGGCCGGCACGCUGUUCGUCUCCUUCUACAUCUGGGACAGCUACUUCUCAUCCUUCCUGCAGGUCGUCAACGGGCUCGACGUGACCAAGUCGAGCUACAUUGUCAACAUCUACUCGAUCGGGUCCUGCUUUUGGUCGCUCGUCGUCGGCGCCGCCAUCCGCGUCACCGGCCGCUUCAAGUGGAUCGCGCUGUACUUCGGCGUGCCCGUGACGAUCCUCGGCGUCGCGCUCAUGGCCGCCUUCCGCCAGCCCGACGUCAACGUUGGCUACAUCGUCAUGUGCCAGAUCUUCAUCGCCGUCGCGGGCGGCGCGCUCGUCAUCUGCGAGCAGAUGGCCGUCAUGGCUGCCACGUCGCACAACUACGUCGCCGUCGUGCUCGCCAUCGAGGCCAUGUUCUCCAACGUCGGCGGCGCCGUCGGCUCCACCAUCGCCGGCGCCAUCUGGAACGGCGUGUUCCCCCAGAAGCUGGCCCAGCACCUCCCCCCCGAGUCGCAGGCCGACCUGCCUGCCAUCGUCGGAUCCCUGACCACCCAGCUGUCCUACCCUGUGGGCUCGCCCACGCGCACUGCCAUCCAGCAGGCCUAUGGCGACGCCCAGCGGCUGAUGAUCAUUGCGUCGGCUGUGGUGCAGGUCAUCUCGGUGGUGUCGGUGCUGGUCUGGCGCGAUAUUAAGGUGAAGGAUUUCAAGCAAGUCAAGGGCCUGGUGAUUUGA